AUGGACAAUGGACCUUGUGUUGUGGCAAGGGCACCUACCGGUAUUGCUGGCCCGCCAAGGUUGACGACCAACUCUGAAGUUGCAACGAUGACUUAUUUACAAUCCAAGAUCUCGCUUCCGAUACCGAAAAUUCUCGACUGGAAUGAUAAUCCUUCCAAUCCUACUGGAACAGAAUAUAUUAUCCAGGAGCAUGUAGCGGGUGUUCAAUUACAUCAAGAGUGGCACAAAAUGAACCCGGAACAACAUAUGCUGUGCACUAAAGCGCUUUCAUUGACAAUGAAAAAGAUGGCUUCACUGGACUUCCCGGCCUACGGCAGUCUAUAUUACGCAGAUGCGCCUCUAGACUUGGACUCAAAGAUUCCGUUUGAGCAGGGCUUCUAUACCGGUUUAUCUCGUUUGCCCAAAGAAGCCGUCAAUAAUCGCAAGCUUCUGCCAUAUCAAGGAUCAAUUCAAGAUCACAUCCGUCUAUUGAAAACAAGUCGAGAGGUGAUACAAAAGUCGAUUGAAGAUAAACGCAUUGAGGACGCUGCUACACCAGCUCUGCUUCACCCGGAUUUUCACAAGAGGAAUAUCUACGUCUCUGCCGAAGAACCAACCGUUAUUACUGGCCUGAUAGAUUGGCAAUCAACCAGCAUCGAGCCCGCGUUUAUUUAUGCCAACGAGACACCUGAUUUCGCUGCACUACCAAGGGUCCCCGAGGAAGAUCUACUCGAGAACGAACAAAAUGAAACGGAAAAUUCUGGACAAAAGGAACGAGAUUUAAAAGAUGCAUCCGUCUGUUAUCAAACAUAUGAUGUGGUCAUGACAGCCCUUGUUCCUAAGCUUCGUCCUGCAAGAUUACUUGAUCCGACUCUUUUUCGACUCUUCCACUACUGUUACACAACUUGGAGAGACUCCGCUGUCGCUGUCCGCCAAGAGUUAAUUGAGCUUUCAGCUCGCUGGGUGGAACUGGGGCUAGAGGGCUCAUGUCCAUACUCUCGCACAGAAGCGGAAUUGAAACAGCAUGCUCGAGACUAUGAGGAUUUUGAGGCUGUUCAAGCACUCAAGUCAUGGCUAAGAGACAACCUUGAUACAAAUUCUGACGGGUGGAUCUCGAAUGAUGCAUGGGACGCUGCGAGGGUUGCUCAUCGCACAGCGUAUAAUGAGCACAGCGUAUAA